ACAUGAAUGGUUGUCUAUUAACUUGUUCAAAAACUAUCUGGGAGUUGUCAAGGCUCAGGCGGACAGAGCAGCGAAAAAGUGCAGUUUGUUGAUGCUUUUUCCAAGAAGCAGGAGAAGUUUUGUGGACACAACAUAGCAGGAACCUUUUGGGAAAAGCCUCAGUGUCACACACACUCACGCUCUGACUGUGACACACACUCUCUGCGGGGAAAGGGAGAAAGAAGGGAGAGUGAGUGGAGAAGCGACUUGAUGCUUGUUUUGAUCCAGAGAAAAGUUGCUGAGAAGACCGACAGGUAACUUUUUCCUGCGCUCCUCUGUCGGCAUCCAGCUGGUGGAGUUUGUCCUUAUUUUUUUAUUAUUAUUUUUUAUUCAUCGGCUCGGAAGCUCCAACUCAAAGCUGUUCCUCAUGUAUAACAUGAUGGAGACUGAACUGAAGCCCCCUGCUCCCCAGACCAACACGGGGGGCACGGGCAACACCAACACCUCCGGGAACGGCCCGAACCAGAAAAACAGCCCGGAGCGCGUGAAGAGACCAAUGAACGCGUUCAUGGUGUGGUCCCGGGGCCAGAGGAGGAAGAUGGCGCAAGAAAACCCCAAAAUGCACAACUCCGAAAUCAGCAAGAGGCUGGGCGCUGAGUGGAAACUUCUGUCGGAGAGCGAGAAGAGACCCUUCAUCGAUGAAGCCAAGCGGCUGAGGGCCCUGCACAUGAAGGAGCAUCCGGAUUACAAAUACCGGCCCCGACGGAAAACCAAGACCCUCAUGAAGAAGGACAAGUACACCUUACCCGGCGGGCUGCUGGCCCCUGGAGGAAAUGGGAUGGGGGCUGGAGUCGGUGUGGGAGUGGGGGGCGGACUGGGCAGCGGAGUGAACCAGCGGAUGGACAGCUAUGCGGCGCACAUGAACGGCUGGACCAACGGGGGUUACGGGAUGAUGCAGGACCAGCUGAGCUACCAGCACCCGGGUCUGAACGCUCACAACCCGAGCCAGAUGCAGUCCAUGCACCGCUACGACAUGAGCGCCCUGCAGUACAACUCCAUGACGAGUUCCCAGAGCUACAUGAACGGCUCCCCGACUUACUCCAUGUCAUACUCCCAGCAAACCACGCCGGGGCUGACAGCCCUGGGCUCCAUGGGGCCCUCCUCGGUGGUUAAGUCUGAGUCCAGCAGCUCCAGUCCGCCCGUCGUCACCUCGUCGUCCCACCGGGCCGCCCCGGGCUGCCAAAGCGGCGAUCUGAGGGACAUGAUCAGCAUGUACCUGCCUGGGGCCGAAGUAAGCGAUCAGACCGCCCAGACCAGGCUACACAUGUCCGGGCACUACCAGAGCACCGUGCCCGGGACGACGAUCAACGGCACGCUGCCCUUAACGCACAUGUAAGAGACUCCAAACAGAGUAAGAGAAGAAAAAUAAACUUUUAUAA